AUGUCAGUAUUCAGCUGUGUGGACCUCGUCAACAAGUUCAAAAACGCUAAAGACACGUACCAAAAACACAAGAACAAGAUAACAUGCUCCAUGAAAAACUUCACACAAACCUGGAGUUUGAUAAAGAGGAAAGAUGAACAAAGUAGUUAUGUUUCACAUGUGUUUGUUGUCAUUCAACGAUUUAUUAUUGUGGUGCUCAAAACAGCAGUGGCGCCACCACCACCAGCAGUGGUGAAUCCAGCAGUGGUGCCACCAGCAGUAGUGCCAGCACCAGCGGUGCCACCAGCAGCGGUGGACAUCUGGGGUGUGGAAGGAAUACUCGGCACGAUGACAGCGAGAUGGAGUCGCCUGCUGACAGCAUUCUGCCAAACCUUGCGGAGCAAGACGGCCCAGUGCCACAUUCAAGCGGAUCCAACAUGCAGGACCCUGUUGGCACCUGCGUAAAUCUUUUGGAGGAGAUAUGGGAGAGGCGUGCGAGGAAGGCAGGUGGCCCCGAAGAUCCAGUUCAUCACUUCUGUGCGUCCCUUGCCGGGAGAAU